GUGGAGUCAGAUUGCGUCGGAUGUUGUUCUCUUUAUCUGUGACUGACUAAUGCGAGACAUACGGUUGAAUAACUAAGCCGCGAGCGUCUAGUCCUCAGGAAUGAAAAUAACACACUCAAAACGUUAAUUUAGGAACGUUUUAUUGGAUCGUUCCUGCAAAUAGUCAGUCAUUCAUUCAAACCGAUUCGGGGCUUGCGCUAUUCAGAACCAUGGACUUGCACAUUCUGGAUCACAGACUGCGAGUGACCAGCAUUUGCAAAAAUGGGCUGGUGAAUUUCACUCACCCCCUCAUCAAACUAAUUUUCCUGCGGAACAGAACAAGGUAAGGUUGUUUGCAUGACGAGACUAAUCUAGCUCAUUUAAAAACGUCCGCGAUCCUAAAACCUGCAAGAAACAGAAAUAGGCAGGUUGCAGACAUGCUAGCUAGCUAGUUCGCUAAUCCUGUCUCAUUCAUCUGCUAUGUAAAUGUGAUGAUAUACUGUAGUUAGCGACGCUAUCCCAUUCAAUUCAGGCCGUAAUUGUGCAUGCCAUGCUAUGUCGAUAUAGCUAGCUGCACCCUGUUGCACCCCUAAACAAUUAUUAAAACGUGGACCAAAGGUAACUAGACAACUUAAUGUGGUGUACUGUUUAUUGUACUUGCCGUCAAUGAAUGAGCACACCAGUCCAAAAUGUAGUACUGUUUUAAGUUUAUCCGAAAUAAUCAUCUGAUAUACUAAUAUCAGUCUUUUAUUUACUGUAACAGUAGAUCAGUAAAUGUUUGGCUAGUAUUUGAGGAGUGAUCAUUAGAAAACCUAAAGCAUGUUUAGUUAUAGGCCUAUUAGUAACUAUGCCGACAAACAAAACCAAUUUAAUCAGCGGUCAGAUACGGGUAGUCUUUGGGCAAGGCGAGUAGGCUAGUGAACACCACUUCACUUUCACUGUUUUCUAUUCAGGUACCUGUCUGUUCUUACAUGAUAUGAGGAAAGCACUUUCCCAAGACUUCUGUCAUGGCAAAGGCAGCUCUCUCGAAAUUCAUUUUUAAAGAGGCUGAAUUUAAAGCAGAACGGAUGGUGGCUGCAGUGGCAAUUUUUAGUUAAUCCCUGGAAAUCCUGCCUUUUAUUAUGUAAUUGUUUAUGACUCGGCCUGUCCUGCAUAUGCAUCAGCCGGAAGAAAGGAUUCAACAUCUGGCAGAUACUAACAGGCUAGCAGUAUUUUAUAUAGUAGUAGCCUAAUGGUAGGCCUAUGUAUUCAGAUGUGGAAAGGGGGCUCAACAUACACGGUAGGCCUACAUAGUUUGGGAAGAAAUGCCAUUCAUGCCAAGUUGGAGAAGGCCGUUUUUAAAAGGUGAUUAUAUAGCCUAGACCUCACUUGGUGUUCUGUGAGGUCUAAGCAGCACUACCGGCUGUCUUCAUGGACUUGCUUAUUAUAAAAGUUUCACAGAUCAAUCCAGUAACAUCAGUCUACCAGCCCAGACGCCAUACUCCUCUGACGAACGUCACUGAUGUUAGAGUUUGCCUUGACUCCCUUCUGACACACAACGGUAAGGUGUGCAUCAAUUCACGAACAUGAUGACGACACUUCCUUUAGAUGUAUAGCUUCUAAAGGUGUUAGUCACCUAAAGAGUUCCUCAGCUUCUCUCUCCAGUGAGUCAUUAGCAGGUUAUUCAUUGUACCUGCUGGCCUAUGGAUACACUUCAUGACAGGUCAGCUACUAGGGUUGAAUCCAAAGAACAGUCAGAAUGCACUAGAACUGCCGUGGCAGGCAGUAGCAGCUUAGGGACUUAGGCUGCUAGCCUACGUGGGUUUUGACUCUCUUUGUUGUUGCUUUGUAGUUAUGUCAUAUCAUUCUGUUGUGUCCUGGUCGUUUUCCUGUUUUGGGGUGAGGAUCAGGCCGUGUGGAAAAAGGAUGGUUUAGGCUGAAUUGUUUUUGAGUUACCAUGAAUGUAUUUGGGGAACAUAACAACAACCCUAAUAUAAACAAAAUUGUAUUUUUUCGACAGCUUCCCAGUAUAAUUGGUUUUUGACUACAGUUCUCCCUCUUGUAGGCCUCUGCAAUUCAUUAUAGUAUAGGCUACCCAAGAAAGGGCACAAAAUCACUCAAAUGCGAACAACCAUGGGAGGAAUUUUAAGGAUAGGCUACCUAACCACUCAGCAGUCAGCACAGGAUAGUAGCAAGCAGAUCUUGUAGGCUGUUUUCUUGUUGCAGCUCUGUCUGACAAUCUAUUCUAGAAUAUCUGUAUGAGUGUAUUAUUGAAUCUUAAGGAGCCUACUCCAGUGUUCAGCAAUAACUAGCUGGUAAUGGUAACUUUAUUGAUCAGCUCUCUCUCCUUCUCACACCACGUUUCUGUUUGAGGCCUUACUUUUUUUUCUGAGGCUUCUUCUUGUCAGUGUUAUUCUUCUGGUGAAACAAGCACCGUCAGCCUACAUGAUAAGGGUUUGAAGAAAAGGUUAAGGAGGAGGAUUAUCUCUCUCCCAGCUGAACUGAAUGUCUGCUACAGUGUUAAUUUAUGAAGGCUGUGUGUGGUGGGAUGCACACUCAUACUGUAUAAUGUUAGCCAAUAGCCUAUGUUGCAGCGUGCCCUCUUCACAGUACAUCCCCUUUCCUCUGCAGCUUGCUAACGAGAGGGCAUGGGUCUCAACUCUGAGCCAAAACAAUGGGGAUUUUUUUCCUCCAUUUGCCUGCUACAGUAGGCAGUCAAGGGCCCUGGGUUAGCAGCAUGGGGGAGAGCUGGGUAAACUUUAUCCAUUGUUCAUUAGAAUACACUGUGAAAGUGGAACGCUCAUUAGGUCAGCCUACCGCAAGGUUACACACAUACACCAUGUUCAUCCAGAGUUGGUGAACAUGGUGUAAUAAAUACUAAGGAAGUCUCGAGGUUUUGCUCGCCUGAGGUAGAGUAUCUUAUGAUAAGCUGUAGACCACACUAUUUACCAAGAGAGUUUUCAUCUAUAUUUUUCAUAGCUGUCUAUUUACCACCACAAACCAAUGCUGGCAUUAAGAUUGCACUGAAUGAGCUGUAUAAGGCCAUAUAAGGUCAACAGGAAAACGGUCAUCCAGAUGCAGCGCUCCUAGUGGCCGGGGACUUUAAUGCAGGGAAACUUAAAUCCGUUCUACCUCAUUUCUACCAGCAUGUUAAAUGUGCAACCAGAGGAAAAAAAACUCUAGACCACCUUUACUCCACACACAGAGACGCAUACAAAGCUCUCCCUCGCCCUCCAUUUGGCAAAUCUGACCAUAACUCUAUCCUCCUGAUUCCUGCUUAUAAGCAAAAACUAAAGCAGGAAGCACCAGUGACUCGGUUAAUAAAAAAGUGGUCAGAUGACACAGAUGCUAAGCUACAGGACUGUUUUGCUAGCACAGACUGGAACAUGUUCCGGGAUUCUUCAGAUAGCAUUGAGGAGUACACCACAUCAGUCACUGGCUUAAUCAAUAAGUGCAUCGAUGUCGUCCCCACAGUGACCGUACGUACAUACCCCAACCAGAAGCCAUGGAUUACAGGAAACAUCCGCACUGAGCUAAAGGGUAGAGCUGCCGCUUUCAAGGAGCGGGACUCUAACCCGGACGCUUAUAAGAAAUCCCGCUAUGCCCUCCGACGAACCAUCAAACAGGCAAAGAGUCAAUACAGGACUAAGAUUGAAUCGUACUACACUGGCUCUGACGCUCGUCGGAUGUGGCAGGGCUUGAAAACUAUUACAGACUACAAAGGGAAGCACAUCCGCGAGCUGCCCAGUGACACAAUACUUCCAGACGAGCUAAACCACUUCUAUGCUCGCUUCGAGGCAAGCAACACUGAAGCAUGCAUGAGAGCACCAGCUGUUCCGGAUGACUAUGUGAUCACGCUCUCCGUAGCCGAUGUGAGUAAGACUUUUAAGCAGGUCAACAUUCACAAGGCCGCAGGGCCAGACGGAUUACCAGGACAUGUACUCCGAGCAUGUGCUGACCAACUGGCAAGUGUCUUCACUGACAUUUUCAACAUGUCCCUGACUGAGUCUGUAAUACCAACAUGUUUCAAGCAGACCACCAUAGUCCCCGUGCCCAAGGACUCUAAGAUAACCUGCCUAAAUGACUACCGACCCGUAGCACUGACGUCUGUAGCCAUGAAGUGCUUUGAAAGGCUGGUCAUGGCUCACAUCAACAGCAUUAUCCCAGAAACCCUAGACCCACUCCAAUUUGCAUACCGCCCCAACAGAUCCACAGAUGAUUCAAUCUCUAUUGCACUCCACACUGCCCUUUCCCACCUGGACAAGAGGAACACCUACGUGAGAAUGCUAUUCAUUGACUACAGCUCAGCAUUCAACACCAUAGUGCCCUCAAUGCUCAUCACUAAGCUAAGGAUCCUGGGACUAAACACCUCCCUCUGCAACUGGAUCCUGGACUUCCUGACGGGCCGCCCCCAAGUGGUAAGGGUAGGUAACAACACAUCUGCCACACUGAUCCUCAACACGGGGGCCCCUCAGGGGUGCGUGCUCAGUCCCCUCCUGUACUCCCUGUUCACCCAUGACUGCAUGGCCAGGCACGACUCCAACACCAUAAUUUAAGUUUGCCGACGACCCAACAGUGGUAGGCCUGAUCACCGACAAUGAUGAGACAGCCUAUAGGGAGGAGGUCAGAGACCUGGCCGUGUGGUGCCAGGACAACAACCUCUCCCUCAACGUGACCAAGACAAAGGAGAUGAUUGUGGACUACAGGAAAAAAAAAGAGGACUGAGCACGCCCCCAUUCUCAUCGACGGGGCUGUAGUGGAACAGGUUGAGAGCUUCAAGUUCCUUGGUGUCCACAUCACCAACGAACUAUCAUGGUCCAAACACACCAAGACAGUUGUGAAGAGGGCACGACAAAGCCUAUUCCCCCUCAGGAGACUGAAAAGAUUUGGCAUGGGUCCUCAGAUCCUCAAAAAUUCUACAGCUGCACCAUCGAGAGCAUCCUGACUGGUUGCAUCACCGCCUGGUAUGGCAACUGCUUGGCCUCCGACCGCAAGGCACUACAGAGGGUAGUGCGUACGGCCCAGUACAUCACUGGGGCCAAGCUUCCUGCCAUCCAGGACCUCUAUACCAGGCGGUGUCAGAGGAAAGCCCUCAAAAUUGUCAAAGACUCCAGCCACCCUAGUCAUAGACUGUUCUCUCUGCUACCGCACGGCAAGCGGUACCGGAGUGCCAAGUCUAGGUCCAAAAGACUUCUCAACAGCUUCUACCCCCAAGCCAUAAGACUCCUGAACAGCUAAUCAUGGCUACCCGGACUAUUUGCACUGCCCCCCCACCCCAUCCUUUUACGCUGCUGCUACUCUGUUUAAUUAUUUAUACAUAGUCACUUUAACUCUGCCCACAUGUACAUAUUACUUCAACUACCUCAACUAGCCGGUAUAUAUCACAUUGACUCUGCACCGGUACCCCCCUGUAUAUAUAGCCUCCCUACUGUUAUUUUAUUUUACUUCUGCUCUUUUUUUCUCAACACUUUUUUUUGUUUUUGUUUUAUUUUUACUUUUUUGUUAAAAUAAAUGCACUGUUGGUUAAGGGCUGUAAGUAAGCAUUUCACUGUAAUGUCUGCACCUGUUGUAUUCGGCGCAUGUGGCCAAUAAAAUUUGAUUUGAUUUGAGAUGGUUCAUAACAUAGAACGUCAUCACGGCUCACACCCCUCACAUUUCCUCUGAUGGAACAUCAGUUGCAAGGUCCAGUUGUUCUUACCUCCCCUUACUGUGUUGGUAAAGAACAUCAUUUUGAGUGCCAUCUUUUCAAGUCGCUCUCUUUAUUUCACUCUCUCACGUUCUCUUUCUUUCUCUCUUUCUCUUGCCCUCACACCACAAAAUAAAUAAUCACGAAUCAUAAAUGUGUUGACCGUGGCUUUGUUGCAUCAUGGAGACACAUGAAACUGCGGACACAUGAGAAUGGAAUGGAGGCUUAGUUUUAUCAUCUAAGCCUGGAAUAAUGAAUUAGAAUGUUAAACCUACGUGUCAGUGCAGUAGAUGUUUUGUAGAAGCUUUAUAGAAAAUGUAGAAUGAUUAGCACAGAAACAGGAAACUAGCCUAACCCAGCAACAGCUUCACGUGGAUAGGAAUUUUAAAGACGCGGCUCCAAACCAUUUAAGAAUGUGCCUGCAUCAAUUAGGCUACACUCUCCCUUUGGUUAAAAAAAGCAUUAAUGAGCUUUUAAUGUUUGGACUGUGCAGUUUUUCCAACAGUAGCCUUAACAAAGCAGACCGAGGGUUGCUACCUGUUAGCACCAUCCUCUCCCCCUUCUUCUUGCAGGCUUUACAAAAACAAGUCGGAAAUCUAGCACUCAAUUCUGAGGUUGAGAAUGAAGCAAACUUUCACCAGCCCCGUUAAUACUCUGACGGGCCGGGCUACCUAGCAGGAAGUAGCAGUAUAGCUGGACAGGGUGAGAGGUCAACAGGAAGGGCUGGCUGGGAGGUGGCAGUAGACAAUGGGCUGCUGAGUUAGCUCGGUGCCUCGCUCGCUCUACAGACGGCUGGGUGGAGCUCUGAAUUUUUUCCCCACUUACUGGCUGCGUCUAAAAUGGUACCUUAUUCCCUACUGUAUGAUGUGCAGUACACUACUUUUGAUGCACUACCAUGGGUCUCUGGUCAAAAGUAGUGCACUAUGUAGGGAAUAGGGUGCUAUUUCGGAAGCACCCCUCUCUGGAUUGAUUGCCCUGUCUCAUGAAACCAGCGGAUUACGUUUUGCUGAGUAGGACCCCGUACAUGAUUCUAGUGUUAUAUAGCUGGGAGAGGAGAGGGGAUGUGGAGGAGGAGAGGGGUUUUCUAAUGACAGCAGAGCGGGAUGUUGCUGUCUCUUGCUGAGGCAGAAUAACACUAAAGGGGAAGGUGUUGCGCUGUUUAAUCAUCCAGAAGAUUACAUGGUCUGAUUCUGAACCACAUACUGUAUGUUUAUGCUGAAUGCAUUUCCUGUUCUUUCACUCCUCUCCUACAAAACUUCAACUUUGUAUUAUGCCCAGACCCACACCCCAUAGUCCUUGUGAACCGCUCUUUCCUGCUGGCCAGGGGGCAGUCUGCCACAAAGACAACAUUAUGGACAGUGGACAGAGCGUCUCUAAAACUCCUCUGUCUCUGAGACCAAAUAAUUAAACCUGUCGGAGUCCCCCGCUCACCCCAAUGUACCCAGUAUUCCCCACUGCUAUGCAGCACAGCAUUGGACCUAAUGAAUGGGGCCCACGAAAGAAGGACCAUCCUGCCGUCCCAUCUCGGAACGGCCGGGUAUGGCUCUGCUCUCUCCAGGAUUAAAAACACAGUGGGUGAUUGAAGCAAAGCAGAGCCUUGUUCGAUUGGGUACACACUGUGAGCAGAGCAGACCAGGCAGGCUGGGGGGUAAUAUUGGGUACACACUGUGAGCAGAGUAGACCAGGCAGGCUGGGGGGUAAUAUUGGGUACACACUGUGAGCAGAGUAGACCAGGCAGGCUGGGGGGGAAUAUUGGGUACACACUGUGAGCAGAGUAGACCAGGCAGGCUGGGGGGGAAUAUUGGGUACACACUGUGAGCAGAGUAGACCAGGCAGGCUGGGGGGGAAUAUUGGGUACACACUGUGAGCAGAGCAGACCAGGCAGGCUGGGGGGUAAUAUUGGGUACACACUGUGAGCAGAGUAGACCAGGCAGGCUGGGGGGGAAUAUUGGGUACACACUGUGAGCAGAGCAGACCAGGCAGGCUGGGGGGGAAUAUUGGGUACACACUGUGAGCAGAGUAGACCAGGCAGGCUGGGGGGGAAUAUUGGGUACACACUGUGAGCAGAGCAGACCAGGCAGGCUGGGGGGGAAUAUUGACACAGUGAAGACUAGAGCUUGGUGCUUGGCCAGCGGGCACUAGGUUUAAAUCACCCCUACCACACACACACACACCAUCGCCAUACUACACAGUAACACUCAUAGUGGCAAUCUGUUUUUAGUUUGUUCUGAAAAUGGUGUUCUAUUCUUCUCUUUCCUUUUCUCUCAGAUGCAAGUUCUUCAGUCUGACAGAGACCCCAGAGAACUACACUGUCGUCCUCGAUGAAGAGGGAUUUAAAGGUAAAUGACCCCUCCUCCUUAUCAACCAGAGACGCAUCACUUAACAACCCCCCCCCCCAGCCUAUUCUCAAUCACACUCCCUUAACAUCCUGUAUGCUGAAGUCAACAACUUCAGAGUCAUAUCACAUUUUUUACACUUACAUUUUAGUCAUUUAGCAGACACUCUUAUCCAGAGCGACUUACAGGACCAAUUAGGGUUAAGUGCCUUGCUCAAGGGCACAUCGACAGAUUUAACACCUAGUCGGCUCGGGGAUUAGAACCAGCGACCUUUCGGUUACUGGCACAACGCUCUUUACCACGUUUUCUAUAGCCCAUACUCUUUUUCUUUGGAGGCAUUUUAUUCCCAGUGUCUGUUUCUCACAGAUGUAGUUGAUAUUACAGGCACAUACUGCCUCCAGGCCUUCUCGCUCUCUCUCUCUUGUCUAUUUUAAGAGGUGAAAGCUGGUGCAGAGAAGCCACAAGGGGCUGCUUCUGACAAAUGAUUCCAACCAGAACAGUUCCCCUUUGAAGGGGAAUAGGGGGGUGUGAGAGAGAAUGUUUCAGAGAAACUGAUUGCAGGGUCCUGGAACCGUUGGGAAUAAAUACCAUUCGUUUCCCAGCCAGACAUUGUUGUUAUUCUUCAUCCCCUGAAGUAAUUUAAGUUCACUUCACACAUUUGUAAUUCAAACCAGGCUUGUCCCUGAGAACACCGAAUUGUUGCAUAAUAGUGCUCUUCUUAUGGAGAAUGAAAUAGGCUGUAUAGCAACUAAGAUAGAAACACAAUGCUAUAGAAUAUUAAAUAACAUAGCAACAAACUACACUGAACCAAAAAUAUAAACGCAACAUGUAAAGUGUUGGUCCCAUGUUUCAUGAGCUGAAAUAAAAUAUCUCAGACAUUUUCUAUACACACAAAAAGCUUAUUUCUCUCAAGUUUUGUGCACAAAUUUGUUUAUAUCCCUGUUAGUGAGCAUUUCUCAUUUGCCAAAAUAAUCCAUCCACUUGACAGAUGUGGCAUCAAGAAGCUGAUUUAAAGAGCAUGUUCAUUACACAGGUGCACCUUGUGCUGGGGACAAUAAAAGGCCACUCUAAAAUGUGCAGUUUUGUCACACAACACAAUGCCACAGAUGUCUCAAGUUUUGAGAGAGCGUGCAAUUGACAUGCUGACUGCAGGAAUGUCCACCAGAGCUGUUGCCAGAGAAUUGAAAGUUCAUUUCUCUACCAUAAGCCGCCUCCAACGUCGUUUUAGAGAAUUUGGCAGUACGUCCAACCGGCCUCACAACCGCAGACCACGUGUGUGGUGUCGUGUGGGCGAGCGGUUUGCUGAUGUCAACAUUGUGAACAGUGCCCCAUGGUGGCGGUGGGGUUAUGGUAUGGGCAGGGAUAAGCUAAGGACAACGAACAAAAUUGCAUUUUAUCGAUGGCAAUUUGAAUGCACAGAGAUACGUGACGAGAUCCUGAGGCCCAUUGUUGUGCCAUUCAUCCACCGCCAUCACCUCAUGUUUCAGCAUGAUAAUACAAAGCCCCAUGUUGCAAGGAUCUGUACACAAUUCCUGGAAGCUGAAAAUGUCCCAGUUCUUCCAUGGCCUGCAUACUCACCAGACAUGUCACCCAUUGAGCAUGUUUGGGAUGCUCUGGAUCGACGUGUACGACAGUGCGUUCCAGUUCCCACCAAUAUCCAGCAACUUCGCACAGCCAUUGAAGAGGAGUGGGACAAUAUUCCACAGGUCACAAUCAACAGCCUGAUCAACUCUAUGCAAAGAUUUGUAGCGCUGCAUGAGGCAAAUGUUGGUCCUACCAGAUACUGACUGGUUUUCUGGUCCACGCCCCUACUAAAAAAAAAAAAAAUGUACCUGUGACCAACAGAUGCAUAUCUGUAUUCCCAGUCAUGUGAAAUCCAUAGAUUAGGCCCUAAUUAAUUUAUUUCAAUUGACUCAUUUCCUUAUGAACUGAAAUUGUUGCAUGUUGCAUUUUUAUAUUUUUGUUCAGUAUAAUUUCUUUUUGUAAACAAACAAUUAUUUGUUAAAUCCAGUACAAUGCAUCUGCUAGUGUCUAAUUGUAUUUCAAACGAUGAUUGUGCACAUAUCCCAGUUUGCAACCCCAUAUCCUAGUGCACUUUCCUCCCAGUGCUUAUACUUCCUGUAUAAAUAAAAUAUUAAAUGUUAAAAGUUUGAGAGCUCACAACCGGUCUGCCAGGUAGCUGCCAGGCUAGCGGUUGUUGAUGGCCUGUUUGGGGAAGUGGUGAGGACUGAGCAGUGUCCUGUCUGGGUCAGUUAUGGCCCUCUAGGCCCAAUGGGGAAUACUGUUUUCCCUGCCCCGUGCACAUCCUGUGUGAAUAGACUGAUGCAUCCAGAGUGGAGAGUGAGAGGAGGAUCUGGUUGAACCCUCCCUGACCGCUUCUCAGACCAUACACACUCGCACGCCGUUAAGAAGUCUAGCGAUAGAAGUACUGCAACAGAAUCAGCUUACCCUCCCCAAAUCUUAGACUAGAUCAGUCUCUGGGGGCACUUUAUCCUACUCCCAACAUCCUGUAGGGACCAUAGUGGGCAUGUAUGGGAUGGUGGAUGAUGCCAUUAUCCAUUACAUAAGUUCAUAGGAGCCACUUCCUGGUUGUAACUCAUAGCUGAGUGAUGGUUUAUAAAUAGCAGAGAUAUUUUAGACCCCCCCUGAAGGAAGCGUAUGGCAGUGGGGGUGGGGUCCAAUAAGAUGAAAUGACUUAAAACAGCUGUGUAGACAUGGCAUAAGGUCAGGUUUGGAAAGUAGCAACUUUGCAUUGGGCCUGAAUGUAUGUUUGUUUUUAGAAAGAAGGCUUAACUUAGCUGUGGGUUUUCUGUUCAAUACAGUAUAGACUAGUGGAUAGUCUUUGUUUGAGUGAAAUCUGAAAUGUGUGUGUGUGUGUCCCGUGUCCAUCCACUAUGUGUCUGCUCUAUGUUCUGACAUGACCUAACCCCCCACCCACCACCCAUCCCCUCCUCUCUCCCCCCACCACCCAUCCCCCUCUCUCUCCCCCCUGCAGAGCUGCAGCCCUCAGAGCACCUACUGGUCGAAGGUUCCGUGUGGCUGCCGCUCAACGUGGUCUCCAACGGCAACUCCUCCAGCAGCUCGCAGGCGGUGGGCGUGACCAAGAUCGCUAAGUCCGUCAUUGCCCCAUUGGCCCAGCAGCACGUGUCAGUCUUCAUGCUGUCAACCUAUCAGACGGACUUCAUCCUGGCGAGUCCCCUGUGACCCCAACCUGCUGGGGCUUGUUGGGUUGUCUGAUGUGAUUCUUUAUCAUUGUUUUAUGACAUAAUAGGCCUACAUUUCUCUCUGAACAUUCUGUAAUGUUACACCCUCCUAAACAUGCCCCUGGUGUCUAACCAUGACAACAGUUGCUAAGCGAUAGGCAGAGGUGUCAUGCCCAUAGGGGGCACAAGGGCACGUGCCACCUCAGAUUUGUCAUAAUUUUUCAGAUGUUAAAUUAAUUACCAAACGUCCUUUUUAAGCCCCCGUUUUAUCAGAAUUAUUUUAUAAAAAGAUCUGUCAGCUGUAUUUUGUGGAAGGGGCACUGACUGGACCAGGUAAAGUGUCCCCCUAUUCUCCCUAGUAAGUGGUUCCUUCCAAGGUGCACCACAGAGCAAAGACACACAGUGUUUGAUUUGAUUGGAGGAUUCGCAGGAGGUAUGUUUGGAAAUGAAUUUGAUCAAGCUACAGUGGGGAGAACAAGUAUUUGAUACACUGCCGAUUUUGCAGGUUUUCCUGGUCUUGGCCAUUGUGGAGAGGUUAGAGUCUGUUUGAUUGAGUGUGUGGACAGGUGUCUUUUAUACAGGUAACGAGUUCAAACAGGUGCAGUUAAUACAGGUAAUGAGUGGAGAACAGGAGGGCUUCUUAAACAAAAACUAACAGGUCUGUGAGAGCCGGAAUUCUUACUGGUUGGUAGGUGAUCAAAUACUUAUGUCAUGCAAUAAAAUGCAAAUUAAUUACUUAAAAAUCAUACAAUGUCAUUUUCUGGAUUUUUGUUUUAGAUUCCGUCUCUCACAGUUGAAGUGUACCUAUGAUAAAAAUUACAGACCUCUACAUGCUUUGUAAAUAGGAAAACCUGCAAAAUCGGCAGUGUAUCAAAAACUUGUUCUCCCCACUGUAUGUAGCCUACUGAUUCCUUCUUGAUGAAUAAAUAAAACAAACAUGUUUUAUUGUUUCUCUAAAACUCCCCCAUCCUCAUAACUAGCUACCAAGCCAUUUUAGGCUAUUAAUCAAGUUAGAGUAGCUUGUCUAAGUAUCUUAGCUGGCAUGCCUGCUGGCAAGGUUGCUAGACUUUAGAAAAGCAAGCAAUUACUAAAUGUACUGAAUAAUAUUUUAACAUUCCUUUAAAUAUUUUACUCAGAUUUGAGCAGAGAUGCAGAGAAGCAUUUUAGUUUCUUUAACAAAAUAAACAUCAGUCAGGAGGAUACAGACCGCUCAAGAUGUAUGCUUGGAUAUGCAGAAAAACAAACAUAUUUUUUACAUAGAAUUAAGCAUAAUGAUUAUGGUUCUAUUGCAGGAAAAAGCGGUUUCGGGUGUUUGAAAAAUUCAAAAUUCUCCAACUCCAACCAGCAAUCCUCAUGUACUUUGCGUCCCCUCAUAUUCGUGUCAAAAUAGAGAGUGAAUUACACAAUGGUGGAAAAAAAUUGUCAAAACGUUGCAUGUUACGGAUUUAACAAGACGGCGAUAAUAAGUUGUGAUGAAGUAGGUAUAGCUAUGCAAAGCAGUUGCAUUUGUCCCACUCCAAACUUGUCCCACUCAAAACAAAUGUUAUCUCGAGUACAAAUAGGCCACUAGUCUAUUUGAAGUAUUAGAAGUGACUACAAUGUUGCUCUUUUCACUUUCUCAGAAUGUCACCGACUGUCAGCCCAUAUGUUGUCCGCUUAGGUGCGAGAGAAAGACAAGAAUAUCACUUCAUAUUGUUGUCCUGUUACUGUAGGAGAACCCCCUGGCUGUAGUUAUUAACACUGUGUUACUGUAGGAGAACCCUCUGGCUGUAGUUAUUAACACUGUGUUACUGUAGGAGAACCCUCUGGCUGUAGUUAUUAACACUGUGUUACUGUAGUAGAACCCCCUGGCUGUAGUUAUUAACACUGUCUUACUGUAGGAGAACCCUCUGGCUGUAGUUAUUAACACUGUCUUACUGUAGGAGAACCCUCUGGCUGUAGUUAUUAACACUGUCUUACUGUAGGAGAACCCUCUGGCUGUAGUUAUUAACACUGUGUUACUGUAGUAGAACCCCCUGGCUGUAGUUAUUAACACUGUCUUACUGUAGGAGAACCCUCUGGCUGUAGUUAUUAACACUGUCUUACUGUAGGAGAACCCUCUGGCUGUAGUUAUUAACACUGUGUUACUGUAGGAGAACCCCCUGGCUGUAGUUAUUAACACUGUCUUACUGUAGGAGAACCCUUUGGCUGUAGUUAUUAACACUGUGUUACUGUAGGAGAACCCUCUGGCUGUAGUUAUUAACACUGUCUUACUGUAGGAGAACCCUCUGGCUGUAGUUAUUAACACUGUCUUACUGUAGGAGAACCCUUUGGCUGUAGUUAUUAACACUGUGUUACUGUAGGUGAGGGAGAAGGACCUGGCUGUAGUUAUUAACACUCUGGAGGAAGAGUUCAACAUCUACAGAGAGGUGGGGGGAGAGUACUCAGCUGUACUCAGCCAAGAUGUCCGCAAUGGCCUCCAGAAGAACGGCAAAGAAGGUACGGCUCAGCGGGGGGGGGGGGGGGGGGGGGGGGGGGGGGGGGGGGGGGGGGGGGGGGGGGGGGGCUGAAUGUAUUGGAGGGAGUCACAGAAAGGGACAGACGUAGAGAAAAGAGAAGAUCAGCCUAUUAGUGUGUUGUUUUUAGAGGGAAUUAUGGGUAACAGAAUAGCCAUGUUUCACAAUAAAAGCCCCCCACAAGAUCAUGAUAAAGUAAAGACAUGCUUGUACUCUAUAACACUACUGCUCACUGUCCCAGUGCUUUAGGUUACUUCAGGUUGGGUUCAGGUUGUAAACUAUAAUUCCCCUUGUGUUUUCAUCUCCAGCCCCCCAGCUGACAGUGCACCCGGUGCUGAUACCUCAGAACCAGUUCUGUGUGAUGAGUCUGGACCCAGAUACUCUGCCUGCCAUCGCAACAACACUUAUCGACGUACUCUUCUACUCCAACGGGUGAGCUCUGCCCUGCCCAAAACCCUUGUUCCUUUUAUCAGAGUUGUUGCCUUACCAGUUCAAGUCAAGAUGGCUGCAGUGUGAAAUCCCUCGUUAACACCAGGUUGAUCAUUACUUAGGGUAAUGGUUCUGCCAUCUUUUUGUAAAAUAAAGUAAAUAAUAGAACUGCACAUAAAAGUGUUCCUAUUCUAAUUCUAUGGUGUAAAUGAUUUUCUCCCCCAGUCCUAAAGAGGGCGCUCUUCCCAGCCAGGACCUGGACUUUAUCAAGUUCUUUUCCUUCUCUCUGAUCGAUGGCUACGUCUCUCUGGUCAUGGACACAGAGGCACAAAGACAGUAAGACUCAUCUCCUCUCACCCUCUCUUACAUCUGAGCUGCCUUAAAGUUUCACUCUGUGGGUGGUCAAUGGUGGCCUAGCGGUUAGAGCGUUGGGCCAGUAACCGAAAGGUUGCUAGUUCGAAUCCUCGAGCCAAGAAGGUAAAAAUAUCUAUCUGUGCCCUUGAGUAAGGCACUUAACCCUAAUUGCUCCAGGGUCCCCAUUGAUAAUGGCAGACCCUGGCCGUGACCCAACUCUCCAAGAGUGUCUUAGGGGGAGUUGGGAUAUGCAAUAAAACAAUCUCCAUUUCACACAUGCGUAUAAUACACUCUAGUACAAGAAAUAGGCCAAAUAUAAGCACCCACCUGGUUAUUAUUAUUAGUGUGUGUUUUAGCAAGUUUCUGUUAACAUAUUCUUAGUGUGUGUGUGGUUGUGAACACAUAUACGAAUGAUUCAGACCUAGGUCCUGAUACCUUUCACCAAGUCACCUAUCUUACUUGGAGCCUAAGAAACCGUGAUGAAUUAACAUGGACUGUCAAUGGAGAGAUGUUUUCUUUUUGUUAGCAACUGCCGACGCGUUAAUGUCACGUGUCAUGUAGACGUCGUGUACACGUGACACUUACAAGUUACGUGUCAGUUUACUAUUUCAUAUCUGACAAUGAAAUGUCCAUCUUAUACGAUGGAAAUAUAAGAUCUUAUAAGACAACCCUAUGCUUAGCAUGACUGUAAUAUAAUCUAUUUAGCUAAGAUAGGCCUAUAACAAAGAACAGUAAAAAUGUAUUUUAUGGUAUAUAAGAAAAAAGAUUAGGCUAGUUAAUAUGCAUCCACCAGUCCUGGAUCUAGGCCUAUUUCUAAAAUGAAUAUGGACAGCGCCCGAUGCUGAAAGUUGAGUAGGCAAAUGUACUAACAACGAGGGCUUUGUUGGAGCCCUAUUUAAGAAAUAAGUAGGGUAGGCUUUCCUGUUUGACAGACACAGUUCUACUAUAUUGGUCAUUAUUUCCUCCGAUAGGGACGGUCUCCCCUGAUCUCUCCAAGGGUCCCCCGUAAAACACCAGUUUACCUGACAGUGCAGCAGAUUUUCUCCAGUUUAACUUUGUCUGUGUUACACCGUAUCUAGUGUUUUAUGAAAUUGCAACUGUCGGCUACUGGAUUCCUAUGUGAUAGAGUUGAGUCUCUAGAUUCCCUCGCUGAACUCUUACACAUCUGAGGCAAUAAUGAAUUGGUUCUCAUGGGUGAUUUAAACUGGGACUGGUUAUCGCCAAAUUCCAACGCCAUAAAAGAGCUAUGCCAUUCGUUGAAUUUCACCCAGUUAACCCUAAAGACUGCUAAUUGAUAUUCUCCUAACUAACAACCUGCAUAAGUACCUGGCCAUCUGUAUCUUCCCAAACAAUUUGUGUGUACAAGGGACAAUACAAUCCCCAAAUGACCCCCUUGGGUAAUAGAGGGAACGUCAAGCAGUUUUGUGAACAGGCUUUCCUGAAUGAACUGGGAAAAGAUGUAUGCUCCUUCCAGACAUUGAGAUAGCGUAGUCCUAUUUCCAUAAGCUGUUGUCAACUAUCUGUGACAGAUGUGCACGUUAGAAAGUAGGGUAGGCCUAAUUCAUAUAUUAAGUCUAUGCUACAACAGACAACAAAUAUCCCCCUGAGACAGAUUUAGAUAGGCCUGCACACUUACUCAAAUUAAAAUAUGGUGUCAGCAUUGCUUCAGUAAAACCGAUCAACAGCUGAUCAUUAGGCUAUGGACAACUUGUGUGUUUCUAUGUUAGCCUUCUAAUGGUUGUGCAUUUCAUCUUCAUCAUAGGCCAAUAUGCUAGCUGUCUCUCUCUCACCCUUCACACUUUCCUUGUCAAUUCAUUUGAUAGGCUACAUUGUUUUAGUAUUAUCCUAUGCCUACAGGUUUUAAUAGUAAUUUGUGAUGAGACUGCCGUUAUCAGUUUUUCUGAGCGUUCGGGCGCUGGCCAUGGUCCUGUUAUUGUCACUCCCGCCGCUGGGCUGGUGUGGUGAUUGGCGCCGCUGGGCCGGUGUGGUGAUGGGCGCCGCUAGGCCGGUGUGGUGAUGGGCGCCGCUGGGCCGGUGUGGUGAUGGGCGCCGCUGGGCCGGUGUGGUGAUGGGCGCCGCUGGGCCGGUGUGGUGAUGGGCGCCGCUGGGCCGGUGUGGUGAUGGGUGCCGCUGGGCCGGUGUGGUGAUGGGUGCCGCCGGGCCGGUGUGGUGAUGGGCGCCGCUGGGCCGGUGUGGUGAUGGGUGCCGCUGGGCCGGUGUGGUGAUUGGUGCCGCUGGGCCGGUGUGGUGAUGGGCGCCGGUGUGGUGAUUGGCGCCGCUGGGCCGGUGUGGUGAUGGGCGCCGCUGGGCCGGUGUGGUGAUGGGCGCCGGUGUGGUGAUUGGCCUACUAAUGGUUUGACAACUGUAGCAUUCUAGCUCCACCUAACGAGCUACGAACAGAAGUUACUUUACAUUACACUGUUUUCGGAAGGUCUCCGGUCACCAUUCAAGUAAUGGGCAACAUUAAACAUAUAUAUUCACAUGGUAUUGGGGGACCUAUUUCAUAGGUUUUUUUUCACAGGUCCAGUUUUCCCGAUUUCCAUCCGAAAGACUCACCUUCACCCUGGUGGCAGAGCAGACUGUGUACAGGCUGUUACAUGCCAGUGGAGUAACCUAAACUCAUACCAUUUUCACGGCAUCUAAACUGAUUGGCUUCCCUUCUCCAAAACUCUCCCUACUGAACUAACAACUGAACUAACAAACUAUAUAGCGCAAAGCCCACCUCAUGAUCUCCUGUCCUGCCUUCCACUCCAUCAAAAUAUAUAUAUAUUUUUAAAUGUGUAGUCCCUCCCGCAGUUGAGAGGCUUUACGGUAUUAUAAUAGCACUAUAGCUCCAGGCUAUUUUUCAAGAGUCAGGCGUCACACAGACGUUAGUCAGGCGUUUGGUAUCACAGUUAGUCAGACGUUCAAUGGUAGGCGAUAGGCAGAUGGUGGUGGUGUUGCUCCUCUUGAAUUCUGGCCUGCGAUACUUGGUAGCAGCAAUGACCCACACUGUGUGUGUGUGUGUGUGUGUGUGUGUGUGUAUUCUAGGUUCCCUGCUGAUCUUCUCUUCACCAGUUCCUCCAGGGAGCUGUGGAGGAUGGUGCGCAUUGGGGGACAGCCUCUGGGUUUCGGUAAACUACCCUUUAAUCCAUCCUCUGAAAAACCCACUAUAAGUAUGUUGGGAUCAUUCCAACUUUACCCUGGGUAGACUGACACUCAUAAUGAUACCACAAAUACUUCAUUGUUGAUCUCUCCAUCUCUCUCUCUUCUCUUCUCCAGACGAGUGUGGCAUUGUUGCCCAGAUAUCCCAGCCCUUAGCUGACAACGACAUCUCAGCCUAUUAUAUCAGCACCUUCAGCUUCGACCAUGCCCUGGUGAGCAAGCCUUUAGCUGCUGAUGUGACACCCACUGGCACCCAGCUUUACUCUACAGAACAUGAACUUUAGCAGAGGGUAUGUUCUGAUUCUGACCAACAGAGGGCACUGUUUCCCCUGAAUAAAGGGUAGCGUGUAGCUUAAUGACUGUGAUAGUUCAUUUAUCCAAGACUUAACUAUAGUAGCAGGUGUUUGCAACAGGGUUUAGACACAUCUGGUCACAGAAAUCACAAGAAUGUCAGCAGCGCUAUCAGAUGACAGAAUGAAUGUCUGAUUUGUCAGAGGGUGCUAAAUGAACCGCUUCCUGUGGACUUUCCAGCUUUUAUGUUGAUCUGACAUCAGCAGUGUCUUCUGCACUAUCUGUAUAGUUCAUACCUGAAUGACACUGAUAGUUUGACGUGAGAUACCUGACUAAGAGAUAAGCUGUCAGUCAGAAUGCUUCUCAUGCUAAAGACAAUCAGAUUACAAAGGGAAAACCAGCCACGUCGCAGACACCGAUGUCUUGCUCCUGGACAAGCUAAACACCUUCUUCGCCCGCUUUGAGGAUAACACAGUGCCACCGAUGCGAGCUGCUCCCGAGGACUGUGCGCUCUCCUUCUCUGUGGCCGACGUGAGUAAGACGUUUAAGUGUGUUAACCCUCGCAAGGCUGCCGGCCCAGACGGCAUCCCUAGCUACGUCCUCGGACCAUGCGCAGACCAGCUGGCUGGUGUGUUUACGGACAUAUUCAAUCUCUCCCUAUCCCAGACUGCUGUCCCCACUUGGUUCAAGAUGUCCACCAUUGUGCCUGUACAGAAGAAAGCAAAGGUAUCUGAACUAAAUGACUAUCGCCCCGUAGCACUCACUUCUGUCAACAUGAAGUGCUUUGAGAGGCUAGUUAAGGAUAAUCUCACCUCCACCUUACCCGACACCCUAGACCCACUGCAAUUUCAUACCGCCCUAAUAGAUUCACGGAUGAUGCAAUCGCACUGCACACUGCCCUAUCCCAUCUGGACAAGAGGAAUACCUAUGUAAGAAUGCUGUUCAUUGACUACAGCUCAGCCUUCAACAGGGCUGUGGCGGUCAUGACAUUUUCUCAGCCGGUGAUCAUCAAGCAAAUAACUGCUGGUCUCAAGGUAGUUGACUGUUAAUUAACAUACACAAAUUGAGCAUCUCCUGGCUUCCACGCAUAGCCUGCAAGCCACUAAUGCAGAUCUUUGGAACAUCUACAUUUAAAAAAGUCUAAUAAAUCAAAUGUAAUAUAGCCUACACUAUCACCAUACACAAAAAAAAUGUAUGCACGCAUGACUGUAAGUCGCUUUGGAUAAAAGCGUCUGCUAAAUGGCAUAUUAUUAUUAUAUUAUUAUCACAAUAAAUCCAGUAUUUGUUUUAGACAGGUCUAAAGAAACAUGAUAUGAAGAAAAUGUAGUCUAUUUCAGAAGAACAGAAUAGCAUACUCUGAGUCGUCCUUAUGUUAGGCCCUGAUCUGGCUAUCCAUAUGGCUGUGGGCUACACUAGUUCAUUUAGCAGACAAGAUUUUCUUAGAAUUCAAUGGCAUUAUUUUAUAGUAUGAAGAAUACAAUUGAACAAAGCUGAAUAAAAUAGAAAGGAUAUUUUCUCCAAAUGAUUUCCAAGGAAGUGCGCACAUGUGGCUAUUCUGUGUUGAGUGAUUAACAAAGAAACAGGUCCUCCUAUAUGCAUAAUUUAGUUAUUUAUGCAACUUUAGUUGGGCUUUUGAUUUUUAAUACAUUCUAAGGCUGCAUGAUGCGACUCUAAUAAUGAUUUGAAAAAAGUUGCAUGAAAGGUUGCAUGCUCUGAUUUGUUUCUUGUGCAGGCUGCACACACUUCAUCAGUCUCUGAUUCACAAUUUGACAAGCACUUGAUAAAAUUCUCACCCGGCCUCAAGCGUAAUGCCCCCUAAAAAAUCCAUGCCUUCUCCCAGCUGCCAUGCUCCAAAGCACCACUUACUCACAUGGCUCGCUCAGAUAUCUAAAUUCUUAUUAGCCAAUGUCCAUCACGUGAUCGGGUCCUUCUCACAGGAAUCUCGGCUAAAAAGUAGGCUACAAGUGAAGAUAGACACAUCGGGACGCAACUGCGCUCUUAUCGAAUUCCGAGGCACAUAUUGAAGAUGUUAGAAGAACUGUCCACAUUUAGCCUUCAACAAGAUGAGUAGGCCUAACGAACAGUAAAAGCACUAGCCUAUGUCAAUCUACUCUCCUCCAUGGUACAAAAGUUGACCUAUUCUAUUGGUCAACUUGUCCUUCUGUGCAAUAAAUAAAUAUUCCAAACAAAUAUACAGUGGGGAAAAUAAGUAUUUAGUCAGCCACCAAUUGUGCAAGUUCCCCCACUUAAAAAGAUGAGAGAGGCCUGUAAUUUUCAUCAUAGGUACACGUCAACUAUGACAGACAAAUUGAGAAAAGAAAAUCCAGAAAAUCACAUUGUACGAUUUUUUAUGAAUUUAUUUGCAAAUUAUGGUGGAAAAUAAGUAUUUGGUCACAUACAAACAAGCAAGAUUUCUGCCUCUCACAGACCUGUAACUUCUUCUUUAAGAGGCUCCUCUGUCCUCCACUCGUUACCUGUAUUAAUGGCACAUGUUUGAACUUGUUAUCUGUAUAAAAGACACCUGUCCCCAACCUCAAACAGUCACACUCCAAACUCCACUAUGGCCAAGACCAAAGAGCUGUCAAAGGACACCAGAAACAAAAUUGUAGACCUGCACCAGGCUGGGAAGACUGAAUCUGCAAUAGGUAAGCAGCUUGGUUUGAAGAAAUCAACUGUGGGAGCAAUUAUUAGGAAAUGGAAGACACUGAUAAUCUCCCUCGAUCUGGGGCUCCACGCAAGAUCUCACCCCGUGGGGUCAAAAUGAUCACAAGAACGGUGAGCAAAAAUCCCAGAACCACACGGGGGGACCUAGUGAAUGACCUGCAGAGAGCUGGGACCAAAGUAACAAAGCCUACCAUCAGUAACACACUACGCCGCCAGGGACUCAAAUCCUGCAGUGCCAGACGUGUCCCCCUGCUUAAGCCAGUACAUGUCCAGGCCCGUCUGAAGUUUGCUAGAGUGCAUUUGGAUGAUCCAGAAGAGGAUUGGGAGAAUGUCAUAUGGUCAGAUGAAACCAAAAUAGAACUUUUUGGUAAAAACUCAACUCGUCGUGUUUGGAGGACAAAGAAUGCUGAGUUGCAUCCAAAGAACACCAUACCUACUGUGAAGCAUGGGGGUGGAAACAUCAUGCUUUGGGGCUGUUUUUCUGCAAAGGGACCAGGACGACUGAUCCGUGUAAAGGAAAGAAUGAAUGGGGCCAUGUAUCGUGAGAUUUUGAGUGAAAACCUCCUUCCAUCAGCAAGGGCAUUGAAGAUGAAACGUGGCUGGGUCUUUCAGCAUGACAAUGAUCCCAAACACACCGCCCGGGCAACGAAGGAGUGGCUUCGUAAGAAGUAUUUCAAGGUCCUGGAGUGGCCUAGCCAGUCUCCAGAUCUCAACCCCAUAGAGAAUCUUUGGAGGGAGUUGAACGUCUGUGUUGCCCAGCGACAGCCCCAAAACAUCACUGCUCUAGAGGAGAUCUGCAUGGAGGAAUGGGCCAAAAUACCAGCAACAGUGUGUGAAAACCUUGUGAAGACUUACAGAAAACGUUUGACCUGUGUCAUUACCAACAAAGGGUAUAUAACAAAGUAUUGAGAAACUUUUGUUAUUGACCAAAUACUUAUUUUCCACCAUAAUUUGCAAAUAAAUUCAUUAAAAAUCCUACAAUGUGAUUUUCUGGAUUAUUUUUUCUCAUUUUGUCUGUCAUAGUUGACGUGUACCUACGAUGAAAAUUACAGGCCUCAUCUUUUUAAGUGGGAAAACUUGCACAAUUGGUGGCUGACUAAAUACUUUUUUCCCCCACUGUAUCCCAAAUUAAUACAACCACUCCGCAUUAAAAAAAACACAUUUAAAAGCAAUGAGGCUGAUGCAACAGAUCAGAACAUUUAGCUUAAAAUGUUGAUAAACUAUUAGGCUAUUUCUUCACAUUAUAAGCGCAGCAAUGCGCACACGGCAGUAGGCUAUAAGGGCAAAUGUUCCAAAAUGCUAUCAAUUAGCGGGAAAACACUGUUCUCAAAAGUGACCGCAAAUGCGAUUAUGCAUGUAAUGCUUUAUUAUAAAGGUGAAUUUUUAUGGUGAAAUUAUCUUCCCCAAACUUGAAACUCACUCGCCGCCUAUGUAUGCCAGUUAGGCUCUACACCCGUUGUAAAGCAGAUUAAUGUGCUUAAUUUUAAGAAGUUAUUUGGCCGCUAGUUGUGAAGCUGGUUGAGAGAAUGCCAAGAGUGUGCAAAGCUGUCAUCAAGGCAAAGGGUGUCUAUUUGAAGAAUCUCAAAUAUAAAAUACAUUUUGAUUUAACACUUUUUUGGUUACUACAUGAUUCCAUAUGUGUUAUUUCAUAGUUUUGAUGUCAUCACUGUUAUUCUACAAUGUGGAAAAUAGUAAAAAUAAAGAAAAACCCUUGAAUGAGUUGGUGUUCUAAAACAUUUGACCUGUAGUGUAUUUGCAUUAACUUUAUUUUAUGCAUUUAUUCAUACUAUUUCGUCCUUUCACAAGAUAUAGUCCCGACACAAAUCUAGGGUUGCUACCCAAGCCGGCUGGUUGUUUGUUCUAUCGGUUCGGUUGCUAGAGACACGACCCAGUUUUUUUCUUCUGUAUCCAUGGACGCGACCCAGUCGUUCGUUCUAAAUGUUCUAUUGCCAUACUGGCUGGCAACUUUCUUAUCCCUUUCUUGCUAGCUAGCCAACUACGGCUAACUUAGUCACGUCAAAAAGUGCAGCCAGAAUAACAGCAAAGUAGCUGCAUUUGCAUUUGUUUAAGCUGUUUUCUAGUGACAUUUUUUGGGAUACAUCCAUAACAAUGAGCUAAUGAGGCACGAUUUCGCCUGGUGCAGAGAAUGUGCUCUCUCGUCAGGACACUGUUGUUCAGAGGAGCUAGCCAACAACACAGCUAACACAAUCACUUCAAACUGAAGCUGGAAAGACUGCAAACUAGCUGCACUUCGUUUCGUUUUACCUUUUUUCAGUUGACAUUUCUUUGUAUAUAUCCAUAAAAAUGAUGCCAGCUGAUUCAUGAUUUCAACUGGCUGAGAAACGCUACCUGUCUGUCUGUCUCGUCCCGACUCCCGACACAUUCAUUACUAUGGGACAGCUGGUGAUCGAAUUUGAAUAUUGAAACAAUGUUGCAAAUGUGAGAUAAUGUCUAGAUGCUUUUUAUAUUGGAGGUCAAGUGUAUAAAGUGCCUGGCUGAGCUGAUGAGACAGUGGAUUGCAUAGUCAGGUGGAACGGAGUAAAUAGGCAUUUUAACAUCAGAUUUAACCGGUGGUAACUUGUGUAAUAGACACCGGCUGGAAUGCGAUUUUAACCAAUCAGCAUUCAGGAUUAGACCCACCCAUUGUAUAAUGUUAGAUAUUACUGCACUGUUGGAGCUAGGAAGACAGCAUUUCGCUACACCCGCAAUUACAACUGCUAAAUAUGUGUUAUGCGACCAAUAAGAUUUGAUUUGAAAUGCUGAUGGAAUAGGAAUUGGAACCAUAUUCCAUUCUGUCCACUCUGUGCUCUUCUCCUGUGUUCUACUCUAGGUACCUGAAGAGGACAUAGUGAGUGUGACUGAGAUGCUCCAGCAGCACAGGAAAGAGCCAGCCUGCUAAUGGCGACCUGGCGGCUUGGUCCGUACUACACCUCUGUGUCCUGGGGCAGUACGGGGCUGGAGAGGGAUGCUAACUCCGUGCCUAGAUUAGCACUGCAGCGUGAGCAGUAUUAACCAUAAACGUUGUUGCCAUGACCACCAAAAGCGCUUCUAGGAAGGGGUGAUUGGACGCUGACAGGACCACCGACCAAUGCACACACUGAUUGGACGCUGCCAGGACCCCCGACCAAUGCACACAACGGGACGAGGGGAUUGGUGAACUGAAGUCCAGUUGUGAUGAUGGUAACGCUGUACUUAAGGCCUGCAGGUAUAAUGCAUUAUGAUGCGGUUAUAAUGCUUGCGUUAUAAGACUUGUUAUAGGCAUAUAUAACCCCCUUAUUUCUUGUUAUCGUCUCAUAAAGAUCCUGACUAAAUAACAGCCAUUUUGAGUCAUAGCCUAAGCCUUGUAAUAACGCAUUAUAAAGUCAACAUGCUGAUAACACGUAAUAAAGCAUAAUACCUGCAGUUUAUAAAGUGUAACCAUGAUGGAUUUUCUUAUGCUACUUACCUGCUUGCCGCAGGGCACAAACAUCUUACUCGUACUGUAAACAACACAGCUGUCUUCCAGUGAUGUUUAUACUGUAAUGCUAUGUGUCAGAACGCCACCCUUUGUGUCAAAGGUCAAGUUAUUUCAUGUGUGAGUGAAUUAUGUGAAGCACAAUUUCUGCUUGGCAAAAUAUGUCUCUCCAUUGGUGCUUUUUAUUCGCCAUAUCUUCACAAAUUGUACUUGUAGUAAGGCACGUAAAUGGCCUAAUCGCACCGCAAUAACUGAAGCCGCUCAUUGAAGUGUCAGCACAAGUCUUAUUGUCGACAAUCACAUUAGAGAAAAAAAAGACAUUAUAAAAAAGGUCGUUUUGAAGUGUAUUGGUAGAAAUUAGUGUUAAUUGGUAAACAUCAGAAUUUUAUUUUCUUGAAAAACAUAUGCAGGCAAUACUAGAAAAAAAAGACAAAUUCCAUGAUUAUCCAAGGUAAAGAGUAGCUUUAUUUAGUGCCGUGAUGCAGUUUCAACAUCAAUAAGAAGUUACUCAAAAAAUGUUUAAGGGUCAACAUUUCUGUACUUUUGUAGCGUUGUAGCAUUGUAUUUCCUUUAAGAUCAACACUGUCUUAUUCUUCAAUUUUCUUUUUUAAUUUGCACAAUUAAGACGUUUCUUAUUAAUUUCCUUGUAGACUGAGAAAGUUACUAAUAUCAUUAGAAAUAUUAUUUUGGUACAAUUACAUUUUGUACAAUUUAAAACAUGUAUUAUGUCAAAUAAUUGUAAAUGUGCUAUUAAAUUAAAUGUAUUUCUGGACUUCAUUAUGG